AUGAUCAUUCUAGUUAUAGAGUCGUACGAAUAUGAUCAUUCUAGUUAUAGAGAGAAUCGUCCCCCCACCUCAACGACUCAUAUACUUCCUGAUCAUCAGUCGCGACGCAUUUUCACCCCAGAAGGGAUGUACGGCUCGAUGUCCAUGGUCGCCUCAGGUGGAGGCGAACUCCUGCAACUCAUCACCGUCAUAGACCCUUCAUUUACGAGCAGGAGAUCGACGUUUUAA